AUGUCCGCAGAUCUCUCUGGUUUGACUACGAGCGGUACUGCAGGCGCUGCGACGUACAUGGAAGAAAUCAUCCUACAGAAUGAGGCCCUCCUCCUUGAGGUUGAGCAACUGCGCUCCCUCGUAAAAGGGAAGGGGCUUGACCAGCUGCAUCGACUGCGUGACGAGAAUGAAAGCCUUCGGCAGCAACUAAAGCUCUCCGAGUCGAAACUAGCGGAGAGGACGCAUCAGCUGGAGGUGCUUGAGGCCGCGUAUGACCGCUUUGACGGGGUCCAUUCCGUCAUGCAGGAACUGACGGAGCAGCGUAACGUUCUUUCCGAAAUGAGGGAGCAGUGCGCCACGCUUGAGCAGCAGAACUCGGCGCUUAAGAGUGAGUUGGUCAAGUUGAGUCACUCGGAAGACGAGGCGCGAAGUUCCCUGCAGGAAACAGAACAACGUUGCCAGAUGUUGAAAGAGGAAGCGAUAAAAUUGCGUGUUUCCAUGGAGAAGAUGAAGUCAGACUUAGCUACUAUUGAAACUUCAAAGUGUUCGGCGGAGAGGGCGCUGGAAGAGGCCAAACUCGCCAAUGCGGAGUUGCGGGCCCACUCACAAGCCUUGGAGAAUAAGUGCGAGGCCCUCAACGCGCGUCUCUGUGAAACUGAAUGUGAAGCCAGGGAAUACUCGCGGAUCAAGACUGAGAAGCAGAUUGGGGCAGAGAAGGAACUGCAGGAGCUGCGUGACGAAGCAGCGGCGAGGGAGACAAGGUUGCGGGCAGUGGAGCAGCUGCGAGCGGAGCUGCAAGAGGAACUGCGUGUAACAAAGGCUGCACUUGCGGCGCAGGAAGAAAGUGCCUCAAAGGCGCUUCUGCAACAGAGAGAUCAGUUGGAGGAAACGCUGCGGCGGGAGUCUGCGGAGCUGAGGCAGGCGCUGGAGGCCAGGGAGCGGUCCCUGAGGGAGCAGCUGACGCAGAACAUGGUUCUGAAGGAAGAAGUCACACUACUGAGCGCUGAAAAGGAGCUUCUGAGGAGUCGCCAGCAGGAAUUGCCUCCUGGCGUCUCGCGUCUUAAAAAACGAUUAAAGGAGCUCAGUGAUGAAACCUCCAAGAAGGAGGCACUACAGCAAAGGUUCCAGAAUAUGCUUACAAGCAGUACAGCAACUAACAGUGAUAUUAAGCACCUUUUUGAGCAGAUGCUGGACUAUCAGGAACGACGAGACGAGGAGAUGCUGACGAUGGUGGCCGUUGAACGGAUUAAAAAGGACGACAUGGAGAAGGUGUACGAAGGCAAGCUGGGGAAACUUCACGCCGAGCUGAAAAACCUCACCUAUGAAAUUCAUACCCUGAAAAAUGAGCGGGGCGGCGCAGUCGCUGAAAUAGCAUCAGCAGGAUCAUUACUGCUAUCGCCUGGUGCCACGCAGGAUGGAGCCGUAGCGGCAGGAGGCAACCAAAGACAAAGACCACUGGCGUCACAAGCGAAUGUCAAGGCACCAGUGCCAUCGGUCCCAAACGAGACGCUGGGUCCUGUCGCCAGGGCUGGCGGCGGCGGCGAUGGUGUUGGUGGUAGUGAUAGCAAUGUUCUGGACAAUUUGUGGCGUCCUCUCUCAGAAAGAGCAGAUGGAGGAAAUGCAACGGUGCAGUCUCUGCGCCCGGUCCCUUUGUGUUCCCCACAAGUGAGGCAUGCAGAGUUGCUGGUUUGUUCCCGGUGUACGCUUCAUAAUAAACCAGGCAGUACAGUUUGUGAAGCCUGCGGUUUCUCCCUCUGA